ACUAGACUUUAUAAAUAGAAAAGAUAGGGAGUGUACGGUUAUUACAGUAGGUAGUAUGAGUUGAGAACUCGACGUAGACUUCCUGGCUGUGUCUAAAAACCUGCUGAGCUGCCUACACGAACAACACUUUCAGAAGCUGUCUAAAGUUACACAGGCAGCACCGGAGACGCUUUCCAAACCAGCUGACUUGAAACGCGCCUUCGAUGCUCCUAAAUGCAAUCCAUUGAGUCAGCGCACUAGUUUUGAGACAACCCCUAUAUCCACAUAAUGCCAUCAUGGAGCAGUGAAACGCAGUACUACCCGACACGGUUGGAGUGAUCAGCCCGCUGCCAUGCACUUCCACCGUCUCCCGUAGAUGUCACGGGCUGGCAUAUGUGGAAAACGUCCCUCACUCUUACUUAUGAGAAGAGUUGCAACACGGAGUGACAUGAACCGAGCACCGCUUUUACCGGAGCUAAUUUUUUCCACACUAACGUUACUGUUUUUUUUCAUACACCGAUCGGGCUAGUUUUCUAGCUGCUUGAGCUAACCGUUCACCGGGUUAUUUUAAUGUGAUUAUCCACGCGACUUCGCAAGGAUCGUUCGGCUCAUGAGGCAUCGACGAACACACGUCCACGUCUUAAAAGCUGGGUUUUGAGGCCGAUAAAAUGAAGAAACAGUUCAAUCGGAUGAGACAGCUCGCCAAUCAAACAGUUGGCAGAGCAGAGAAAACAGAGGUCCUCAGUGAUGACCUGUUGCAGAUUGAGCGCCGUAUGGAGCUGGUGCGAGUGGUUUCGCACAACACGCACAAAAAAAUGGCGGCGUGUUUGCAGGGGCAGAUCGGCACAGAUGCUGAGAAGAGACACAAAAAGCUUCCACUGACUGCUUUAUCGCAGGCCAUGCAGGACGGUGGAAGUCAGCUGGGGGAGGAGUCUCUGAUUGGGAAAAUGAUGGAUUUGUGCGGAGAUGCGGAGAACAGACUGGCGUCUGAGCUGAUGCAGCACGAGGUGCAGAUUGAGAAAGACAUCUUAGACCCGCUCAAUCAGAUAGCAGAGCUGGACAUUCCUAACAUCCUUAAACAGAGACGGCAGUUAGCCAAGAUGGUGCUGGACUAUGACUCUGCCCGAGCAAGGUGGUUGCAGGCGACCAAGUCGAUAAUCUCAGGAACAAACACACAAGCACUGACAGCCAAAGCGGACUCGCUUAAAGAAGAGGUUGAUGAAGCUAUGAACAAAAUGGAGCUGUGUAAGGAUCAACUCUCAGCAGACAUGUACAAUUUCUUCUCAAAGGAGGCAGACUAUGCCCGCUAUUAUGUUAUGUUAUUAGAGGCACAAGCGGAUUACCACCGAAAAUCUCUCACCUUGCUAGAGAGCAUCCUGCCAACCAUUCAAGCUCAACAAGAUUCAUGGACUGAGAAGCCAGCGUUUGGUACAGCCCUGGAUGAGCACCUGAAGCGCAGUGGCAGAGAGAUAGCGCUCCCAUUAGAGGCCUGCGUCAUGAUGCUACUGGAGACUGGUAUGAAAGAGGAGGGUCUUUUCCGAAUAGCAGCAGGAGCCUCUAAACUGAAGAAGCUGAAGGCAGCACUGGACUGCUCCACCUCACAGCUGGAGGAGUUUUACUCCGACCCACAUGCUGUUGCUGGGGCAUUAAAGUCAUAUCUGAGAGAAUUGCCCGAACCAUUGAUGACCUACCAGCUGUAUGAUGAGUGGACACAGGCAUCCAACAUCCCGGACCCAGAUAAACGGUUACAAGCUUUGUGGGUCACCUGUGAUCAGUUACCAAAAAACAACAAGGCCAACUUCAGAUACCUUGUUAAGUUCCUUGCUAAGCUCGCACAGGAAAGUGACGUCAACAAAAUGACCCCCAGCAAUAUUGCCAUUGUCCUCGGACCCAAUCUACUGUGGGCCAAAACUGAAGGGAGCCUUGCAGAAAUGGCUGCUGCAACUUCUGUUCAUGUGGUGACGAUAAUUGAACCCAUCAUUCAACAUGCAGACUGGUUUUUCCCUGAGGAUGUGGAUUUUAACGUAUCCGGUAUGUUUUCAAUGCCCGCACCCCUGCCGAACAAUGUCAACCACCUGACGCCACCCGAUUAUGACUCGGGCACUAUAGAGAGGAAGAGACCUGGUAGCAUGGUGGGUCCCGAUGGUGAAGUACCUCGAAAAGACAGUUCGAAGAGCCGAGAGCCUGCGUCCACCCCUCCAGCUCAGCGCAAUGGCACUGGAGGAUCAGGACAACUGAGUGUGGGGACCCCUGUGGCUGGAUCUACAGGACCCAGUCCUCACAUGGCCCGCAGAGGUACAAAAAAGCCCGCCCCAGCUCCUCCUAAACCACCCAACCCACCACCAGGGCAACCAACCAAUCAGGCACCACCCCAAACCUCUACAGGCACCCCUCAAUCCCUUAGCCCCUCCCCUAGACCACUCUCUAGUUACUCACUGACCAAUCUGAGCCCCACACAACCACAGGCUCAAACCAACACAACUCCCCGGCGGCACUCAAGCAACCAGCCUCUAAUCCAGGCACCAAAUCACCCGCCCCCGCAGCCUCCCACACAAGCCACCCCCCCUCCCCAAUCCAACGCUUUUGGGUCGAAUGCUGGUGACCCAGGAGAGGACCCUUCUCCUCCAAGCACACCCACCCCACCAAGCACGCCUCCACCCACAGCGGUCUUUCACGACAGUCCUGGUCCCGCCGCUGCCCCGGUGUUUCAGUCAGGGUCUCUCCCUCGCCCGAGGCCGGUGCCUAAACCACGCAACAGACCCACCAUUCCCCCUCCUCCUCAGCCUCCGGCAACAGGAAGUGACAGCAAUGGUAUUUGCAGCGCUGCCUUCAAAACAAUGGAUCCGGGGAUGACUUUUAAAGGUCUAAGCCGAGCCUUCGUUCCUGACAUCGCUGUUGAGAAACCUGUUACCCAACUCAAGGACACAGAUCUGGACACGGAGAGCACUGUUCUUUAAAGAUGGCCUUGAACCUGUCACCCUUUCCCUUAACCAAAGGUUUGCUUGAAGGGCUGCUCCUCACACCAUUACCAAAGUGUUUAUCGUCUUGGCUGUACUCCUCUAAUACUCUCUGCUUCAGACAAUCCCGGUGGCACCAGGAAAACUGCCCCCCCCAUGAUGUAGCACACCUGUUUAAAGCUGCCCGUUUAUUGCUACGGCAGGAUAAAAAAACCUGUGUUGCAUGAGGAAUGUUAAUGUAAAGGACUGGCAUGUGUAGUAAUGGGGGAAACAAUCGGAUUGUUGUGAGGUACGUGUAGGUGAGUCUUAAAAUGGCCUUAAUAGUUGCACAGAGCAAAUACUCAGAGGAUGUGGAAGAUGAAAACUGUGGCUUUAUGAAUAGCUUGUGACUGCAGGUCUCCAGUCAACACGUUUCCCAUAUAUUAUGUGUGGGAAAAACCAUCAGUACAUUCCUAGAAGUUAGUGUCUUUUUUCAUGCAAUAUAUUGGUGUAUAAAAAUGCCUAAGGAUUCAUUUUUUUGCCUUUCACAGCUUAUGAUGUCAUACUGUGGCAUUAAUAUGACUGGACCGAGAUAAAAUUAUGUGGUAGAGCAUCACUCUACGUUUUGUAACAAGAAGACUGACCUGCAUAUGUCAAAGAAGCAAUUUCCUAUUGGACAUCAAAUCUGUCACUUUUUGUAAUGAAAAAGGUCAACGCAUGUACUUUAGUGAUAUUCUGCAAUGGAAUUCGUAUGUUACGGCUUUGUUUGUGUUUACCAGGACAAGAGCAUUUUUUGUUUCCCUCUUUUUACCGCAGACAUGGUACCAACAUGGGGACAAUGUGCCACUUGGAAAUUCUUCAGUUGUACUUUAGCUAAGAGCUGACAUCAUUGCUUACAUUUUUCUUGUAGCGUUUUUCUCAACACUGUUAUCAGUAUAAAAAAAAAAUGUUGUGUUGAGAUUGUGACUUAGACUAGAUUAAGGGGUGUCUGAUCGCAAGAACCAACCAACGCCAAAGACUAGCACUGCUGAUGUACAAGCUGAUAUACGCUGCUCUUUGUUUGUUUGUUUGUUUGUUUAUUCUCACAUGAUUAGGAUCCGUUUUCAUAUGAGAGAAAAAUGUAGGCAAUCGUGACCACUGUUAGCAUUUAUUUUCUCUUGCAUUUACCGUGAUGCCUUACCUAAGUUCACUUACAAGAGCUAUUUUACAAAGGGUUGGAAAAUAAACCGACUUUACACUUAUGAAACUAUAAAUGUUGAUGGUGUAUUUAAAGAGGUUAGCGGCUUUGUGCCCGAAGACUUUGCCUUUAAGGAAUUUAAAAAAAGAAUUAAAAAUGCAUGGUAUUACUGCUUCAAACGGAAUUAAAAAAGUGAAA